GGUCCGAUAGUUUACUGACCGAUUAAUCUUCGACCGAUCAGAGAAUCGCCGACGAAAAUGGCAUCGGCAGUUUCUUCCAUCCUCUCUAAUGGUACGACGCCAUUGAAACAGCUUCAAAACCCUAAACCCACUUCGCAAAGACUCUGUCUUGUCUCCUAUCGCAGACCCUUUUCGUAUUCUUCUUCGUCUCUCCUCUCAUCUCGCGAACUCUCUCUCGAAUCCCGAACCAAGCCCUGCAAAGUCUCUGCUCCGAUCGCGUACCGCCGUCGGUAUUUUCUUCUUCAUCGUUGCAGCAUUUCUUCGGAAGAGUUUCCUACGGAGAGAAAGAAGAGCUUCGGCGAGUGGGUUGAGUGGCUCGGAGAGGUGGUUUCGACGGCGUUUCCGAUAUGGGUAUCAGUCGGAUGCUUGUUGGGGCUGUUGAAGCCAAGUGCUUUCAGCUGGGUCACGCCCAGAUGGACCAUCAUUGGGCUCACGAUCACGAUGCUCGGAAUGGGCAUGACUUUGACGCUUGACGAUCUUCGUGGUGCCUUGUCCAUGCCCAAGGAGUUGCUCUCCGGCUUCGUCUUGCAGUACUCGAUCAUGCCCAUGUCAGGAUUUCUGGUGAGUAAGCUCUUGAAUUUGCCGUCACAUUAUGCAGCAGGUCUAAUAUUGGUCGGUUGCUGUCCAGGAGGCACUGCAAGCAAUAUCGUCACCUACAUUGCACGCGGAAAUGUAGCACUGUCAGUGAUGAUGACGGCAGCUAGCACCCUUUCAGCUGUGAUCAUGACGCCAUUUCUGACAGCCAAACUUGCCGGACAAUAUGUCACAGUAGAUGCUCUUGGACUACUGAUGUCAACACUACAGGUCGUUCUUCUCCCUGUAUUGGGCGGUGCAUUUCUUAACCAAUACUUCCAAAGGCUCGUAAAAUUUGUGUCUCCUCUGAUGCCACCCAUCGCUGUGGGAACGGUUGCGAUUCUCUGUGGAUAUGCAAUUGGUCAGAACGCAUCUGCCAUACUCAUGUCCGGGAAACAAGUGGUCUUGGCCUCAACUCUACUCCACAUGUUUGGAUUUUUCUUCGGAUAUCUGUUCUCAAGGAUGUUAGGAAUCGAUGUGGCUUCAUCGAGAACUAUCUCUAUCGAGGUUGGAAUGCAGAACUCGGUUCUUGGAGUUGUUCUUGCGACUCAGCAUUUCGGGGAUCCACUCACAGCGGUGCCGUGCGCUGUUUCGAGCGUCUGCCACUCCAUCUUGGGCAGCGUCUUGGCCGGCAUUUGGAGACGUGAUUCCCCAGAAAAAGCAGCUCCAUGAUUGAAGAAGAAGAUGAUGAUGAAUAAGAAUGGAAGUUGCAGCGAGACGAGGAAUCAAAAUUUGACACGUUUUAAGGACGAAUGUACUCUAAGCUAAGGGUUGUUGUCUUGAAGAGCCAUGGGAAUCAUUCACUCAUAUAUUGAGUUAAUCUCAUAUUAUAUAUACACAUAUUUACGAUAUA